UAUAGGGUGUAAAAGAUGAAAGUUAACAAAGAGAAAAUUAGGUAUGUUUUACAAUUUUGCUUCAAUAAAGGCGAAAAUGCAAGCCAGGCAGCUGAAAUUGUGAAUGGUGUUUAUGGUCCUGAUACUGUCACAGCCAAUUAUGUGCAAUUUUGGUUUCGUCAGUUCCGUUCUGGUAAUUUCGAUGUUAAAGAUGCACCUCGCACAGGUAGGCCCGUUGUCGAAAAUGUCAAUAAAAUCAUGGAAAUGAUAGAAGUAGACUGGCACGUUAGCACUCGUAGCAUUGCCCAGGAGCUAAAGAUUGACCAUAAAACAGUUCUAAACCAUCUGAAUAAAGCUGGAUUCAAAAAGAAGCUUGAUGUUUGGGUGCCACAUGAAUUGACGGAAGAAAACAUUAUGGAUCGAAUUUCCAUCUGCGAAGCCUUGGCCAAACGGAACGAAAUCGACCCAUUUCUUAAACGGAUGGUGACUGGGGAUGAGAAAUGGGUUACAUAUGGCAAUAUUGUGCGAAAACGAUCGUGGUCAGUGUGGUGAAGCGGCUCAAACGGUGGCUAAACCAGGACUAACAGCCAGGAAGGUUUUGCUGUGCAUUUGGUGGGACUGGAAAGGAAUCAUCUACUAUGAGCUGCUUCCAUAUGGCCAAACACUAAAUUCGGACCUCUACUGUCAACAAUUGGACCAUUUGAAGCUAGCGAUUGAUCAGAAGCGGCCAGAAUUGGCUAACGGGAGAGGUGUUGUACUUCAUC